GACUUUCGGAUAUUACCAUAAUCCCACAGAAAUGGAGAAGGAUUAAAGUCGGAACAGCAGAAGAGCUGAAAAAACGAAUGAAAGUGAAAACUAUGGGCACAGUAAGCGCAACAACUCCAUGGAAGCAGCUUCUGAUAAGGGCAUUAGAGUCCAAUUCGCACCUGAAGCACUCAUCCUUCUUCCAAUUGGCUACCGUUGGAUCUGACGGGAGACCUUCCAAUCGUACUGUGGUUUUCAGAGGAUUUGAAGAAAACAGCGAUAAGAUUCAAAUCAAUACAGAUACCAGAACUCGUAAGGUUGAAGAACUCAAGCAAUGUCCAUUUGCUGAGAUAUGUUGGUAUUUCACUGACUCUUGGGAGCAAUUCCGAAUUAAUGGAAGGGUUGAUGUUAUUGAUGGAUCGAAUCUUGAUUCUGUGAAGCUUCAGCUACGAGAGAAAUCUUGGUAUGAUAGUUCUAUAAAGUCAAGGAUGCAGUACCUUGGUCCUAAUCCAGGGCUUCCUUGUCUAAAUGAGCGACCUUCCAAUGAAUUCUUUCUGGAUCCUUCUUCAGGCCCAGUUGCUCCAUUUUGCCUGCUUAUUGUAGAUCCAGAGCAGGUUGAUUACUUGAAUUUGAAAAGUAACCAGAGGAUAAUGUUUACCUUCACGCAAAAUGCCAAUGGAGAAAAUUGCUGGAAUUCAGUGAGGAUCAAUCCGUAAAGUCUGCACACAGAAAUGCAUUAUGAAGUGGAAACAGCUUUUGGAUGACUAUGCUCUUCGCUUCUGCUGAUGAUGUGAAGUUCGAUGCAAAUGGAUUCAGCUGUUGGAAAGAAGAAAAUGAAUUCAAGGUACAUCUGAAUCCUGAUAAAAUCUAUUCCCAUCCUCAAAUCUUGCAAUUUGAUAUUUAUAGGCACAAUUGACCCCAAGAUAGCGGGGUGCUAUCCACCUUUCAACGGGUCUCAGUUGUGUUUAUGUAGGAUUAGGACCGUCUUAGUUCUUGACUUUCUGACGUGCUGUAGAUAGUUGGUUGCAUUAUUCUGUAUUCCCGUGAAAUAUCUAUUACCUUAUUUUAUCAGUGCCCAUCAGACAUGUGCACUUAGUGUUAUAAACAAUUAAACAUAGUUACCUGCUAAUUAAGUGUUAUGUUUGGAGACAUACCAGGGUUAAGGUACCAAGUCCUCCACUAUCGUAGUACAUUAGGGAUAGACUUCGUUGUUAUGGCAUUUUGAUACUCGGUAUGUGUAUAUUUAGAUAGCUAGACUUCUCAUUGCUAAUAAAUAAUUUUAUUUAUUAGUAUUGAGAAGAAAACUAUUUAUUAUGUUAUAUGAAAGGGAUUUUGUUCUUUUUCA